UUUAUUGAUUUUUUCUUGAUAAGAGGACGGAGAGAGAGAGCGAGAGAGAGAAUAACAUAUGGGGUGGGAAUGAGGGAACCAAAACAUACUGUAUGUUCAUUACUAGGACUGUACAUUUGAGAGAUAAAGAAAGAUAGAAGACAAAUGAGACGGUCUACCGCCGCAACGCCCAUCCCCGUAAUGUCUCAUCCAUGAACGUUUCACAACUACCGGUUGACUGCGGCUGGAAUUGUGACGGAUCGACGCACUGAGCAUGUCAGGGCGAGUUUUAUAGAAAUGCGUUUGGAAAUAAAAUCAGUAACAAAAACGUCUUUCAAAAUCAUUUGGGGAUGUUCGACUCACGAGGCUUGAAGGAAUUUGAUUUUCCACUUUGACAACUCUAAACUGUUUGGAUGAAUUCUAUUUUUCAAGACUUCCAAGUUCGCCACAGGUCUCUAUCACAGCCCAACUUGUUGCUAUCGAAAUUAUAUCUAGCUGAAAUACAGUGGUACGUCUAUGUCACUCAUCUUUCUUAGUUUGAACAACGGUCAAUAUUGAAUUAAACGUUUAACCACUAACUGAAUAAAACAAGAAGAUGUUGGAUAAAUAUUCCCGGCACAGCCCUGGAGUUGCGCCCGUCCCGAACACGGACCUGCAACUCAAACUACCGGAGAGCAACGUGGGUACCAGAGGCCAAGAGAAAGAUAACGGGUCUGGGCAGAAACUGGUGGAGAUAACGGGACCGGCUCUGUCCAAACGGAAACUACUGGUCGGUCUGGACCUGCUCUGUCUGGUUCUGGCCUCCAUCCCGUUCUUGGUGUGUGAGCUGAAGGCGGUGAGUCCAUAUAGCAGAGGGUUUUUCUGUGGGGAUCCCAGCAUCAUGUAUCCAUACCUACACAGAGAGGCUAUACCAGAUCAGCUGCUCAUUACUGGUGGGAUCAUCAUCACCGGACUCACUAUAGCUUUAGGGGAGUGUUACCGGGUGCAUUACCGAGGGGUCAGCUCCAAAGCCUUCGUCAGGAACCUCUACGUCUCAUGCCUGUAUAAGGAGUUAGGUUCCUUCCUGUUUGGGUGCUGUGUCGGCCAAUCCCUGACUAACAUGGCCAAGCUGAGCGUGGGGCGGCUGCGACCUCACUUCCUGUCUGUGUGCGGCGUCUCGUAUGCCUCGCUCAACUGCACCCCCGGAACCUACGUCUCCACGGUAACCUGCCGACAGACAGACCACCGAUUGGAAGAGGAGGCCAGGAAAUCCUUCUUCUCUGGUCAUGCUUCGUUUGCAAUGUACACCAUGCUGUAUCUAGCAUUCUACCUCCAAGCCAGGUGGUGUUGGCGAGGGGCCAGGUUACUCAGACCCCUCGUACAGUUCUUCCUGGUUCUGCUAGCUGUGUAUACAGGCCUGACUAGAAUAUCGGACUAUCGACAUCAUCCCUCUGAUGUCAUCACUGGCUACAUACAGGGAGCCUUGACUGCCUACUGGGUGGCCUUCCACGUCUCCUCCAUGUUUAAAGACUACAGCUCUACCCUCUCUCCUAGCCUGGACAACCCCCCGUCUCCUAGCUCCUCCAUGUUUAAAGACUACAGCUCUACCCUCUCUCCUAGCCUGGACAACCCCCUGUCUCCACAUCUCCUCCAUGUUUAAAGACUACAGCUCUACCCUCUCUCCUAGCCUGGACAACCCCCUGUCUCCACAUCUCCUCCAUGUUUAAAGACUACAGCUCUACCCUCUCUCCUAGCCUGGACAACCCCCUGUCUCCACAUCUCCUCCAUGUUUAAAGACUACAGCUCUACCCUCUCUCCUAGCCUGGACAACCCCCUGUCUCCACAUCUCCUCCAUGUUUAAAGACUACAGCUCUACCCUCUCUCCUAGCCUGGACAACCCCCUGUCUCCACAUCUCCUCCAUGUUUAAAGACUACAGCUCUACCCUCUCUCCUAGCCUGGACAACCCCCUGUCUCCACAUCUCCUCCAUGUUUAAAGACUACAGCUCUACCCUCUCUCCUAGCCUGGACAACCCUCCGUCUCCUAGCUCCUCCAUGUUUAAAGACUACAGCUCUACCCUCUCUCCUAGCCUGGACAACCCCCUGUCUCCACGUCUCCUCCAUGUUUAAAGACUACAGCUCUACCCUCUCUCCUAGCCUGGACAACCCCCUGUCUCCACAUCUCCUCCAUGUUUAAAGACUACAGCUCUACCCUCUCUGCUAGCCUGGACAACCCCCUGUCUCCACAUCUCCUCCAUGUUUAAAGACUACAACUCUACCCUCUCUCCUAGCCUGGACAACCCCCUGUCUCCACGUCUCCUCCAUGUUUAAAGACUACAGCUCUACCCUCUCUCCUAGCCUGGACAACCCCCUGUCUCCACAUCUCCUCCAUGUUUAAAGACUACAGCUCUACCCUCUCUCCUAGCCUGGACAACCCCCUGUCUCCACAUCUCCUCCAUGUUUAAAGACUACAGCUCUACCCUCUCUCCUAGCCUGGACAACCCCCUGUCUCCACAUCUCCUCCAUGUUUAAAGACUACAGCUCUACCCUCUCUCCUAGCCUGGACAACCCCCUGUCUCCACAUCUCCUCCAUGUUUAAAGACUACAGCUCUACCCUCUCUCCUAGCCUGGACAACCCCCUGUCUCCACGUCUCCUCCAUGUUUAAAGACUACAGCUCUACCCUCUCUCCUAGCCUGGACAACCCCCUGUCUCCACAUCUCCUCCAUGUUUAAAGACUACAGCUCUACCCUCGCUCCUAGCCUGGACAACCCUCUGUCUCCACAUCUCCUCAAUGUUUAGACUACAGCUCUACCCUCUCUCCUAGCCUGGACAACCCCCUGUCUCCACAUCUCCCUCAUGUUUAGACUAAAGCUCUACCCUCUCUCCUAGCCUGGACAACCCCCUGUCUCCACAUCUCCCUCAUGUUUAGACUACAGCUCUACCCUCUCUCCUAGCCUGGACAACCCCCUGUCUCCACAUCUCCUCCAUGUUUAAAGACUACAGCUCUACCCUCUCUCCUAGCCUGGACAACCCCCUGUCUCCACAUCUCCUCCAUGUUUAAAGACUACAGCUCUACCCUCUCUCCUAGCCUGGACAACCCCCUGUCUCCACAUCUCCUCCAUGUUUAAAGACUACAGCUCUACCCUCUCUCCUAGCCUGGACAACCCCCUGUCUCCACGUCUCCUCCAUGUUUAAAGACUACAGCUCUACCCUCUCUCCUAGCCUGGACAACCCCCUGUCUCCACAUCUCCUCCAUGUUUAAAGACUACAGCUCUACCCUCUCUCCUAGCCUGGACAACCCUCUGUCUCCACAUCUCCUCAAUGUUUAGACUACAGCUCUACCCUCUCUCCUAGCCUGGACAACCCCCUGUCUCCACAUCUCCCUCAUGUUUAGACUACAGCUCUACCCUCUCUCCUAGCCUGGACAACCCCCUGUCUCCACAUCUCCCUCAUGUUUAGACUACAGCCUGGACAACCCCCGUCACCACACCGUCAGUUAGGGGAUAGGUCUGUGUGUGUUUCUUUGUGUUAGUGAAGUGUUUCAGAACAAGUCCUGUGAAAUCACAUACCUCAGUAUUCUGUGAGAGAUAAGGAGAUAGAGAGAUUAAGAGACAGAAAGGGAGACGGGAGAAAAAAAGAGGGAGAGAGAAAGGGGGGGGUAGUGGGAGAGAAAG